CUGCCGCGUUUUUGCUGCAAGUCGCGAGCGCUGGUGUUGUAGCUGCCGCCAUGAGGGAGAGAAGGACUCCUCAGCCAGUAGUGGCCCGGUGCAAGUUGGUUCUGGUGGGGGAUGUACACUGCGGCAAGACGGCCAUGCUUCAGGUGUUGGCCAAGGACUGCUACCCGGAGACCUACGUGCCCACUGUUUUUGAGAACUACACAGCCUGCCUGGAGACAGAGGAGCAACGGGUGGAGCUCAGCCUGUGGGACACAUCUGGGUCCCCAUACUACGACAACGUGCGCCCCCUGUGCUACAGUGACUCAGAUGCUGUCUUGCUCUGCUUUGAUGUCAGUCGUCCUGAGACUAUGGAUAGCGCACUGAAGAAGUGGAAGACCGAAAUCUUGGACUAUUGUCACAAUACCCGUGUGCUGCUGAUAGGCUGCAAGACAGACCUGCGUACUGACCUCAGCACCCUGAUGGAGUUGUCCCACCAAAAGCAAGCCCCGGUCUCUUAUGAACAGGGUUGUUCCGUGGCCAAGCAGCUGGGAGCAGAAAGUUACCUGGAGUGUUCUGCCUUCACCUCAGAGAAGAGUGUCCACAGCAUCUUCCGGACAGUGGCGUCCAUCUGCCUCGCCAAGCCUGGCCCCCCGUCCCCCAAGAGCCCUGCCCGAAGCUUUCCCAAGAGACUUCUCCGUUUGCCCAGCCGAUCGGAGCUCAUUUCUUCCACUUUUAAGAAGGAAAAAGCAAAAAGUUGCUCUGUCAUGUGAAGGGCUGCAGAGGGCGGUGAUGGAACCACUGUGGACUCUGGGCCUCCAAGUGGCCCUUCCAGGGUGGGAUUCAGGGAAUCGCUUGGCUCUUCCAGGCCAGAGCUGGAAAGUUAAGAAGGAUCCAGUUUUCCCCUCUUCCUGUCUUGAGCAGGCCUGCUACCCUGGGGGGAGGGGGAAAUAGCGAAACAAGGCUGGACGGCUAGAAUGAAGAUGGGCACAAGAUUUGCCCUGCUCUGCAAGGUCUUGGGGCUUGGCACAGCAACAUCUUGGACAGUAGCAUCUCUGGUGACUAUUGUGCAUAUUUGAAGGAUUUGAAAAAAAUCACUAUGCUGCAUUGCCAAUGCACAGUAUCUUCCUUUGGCCCUAGGUCGUCAUCUCCAUCUGCUGCUUGUCAUAUUGCCUGUUGGAUGUGGACUGAUUGCAAGCAUCUCUCCUUUCUCCCCUUAUCCCACCCCUUGUACCACUCCCUGUAUCUAGGAUACAGGUGCCCAGGCAGCCUUCCUUGUGGGGAUAAAGCUGGGGAUAGGAGGAGAGAAUGACUUACUGUGGAUCUUGUGUAUAUGUGGGGAAGGAAAGGAAAUAUGGGGGGAAUCUGUGAAAUGUUCAGUGUUAUUAAAAGAGAACUUAUUUAUU